AUGUCCCAGCUCCGAUUUCAAUAUGAGUGGAGAUUGGAGAAGAAGACACCAAGAACAGAAGAUUCAUUGUGGGUAACAAACACCAUCCUCCUCCUUCUCAUCCUCCCCAGUACAGUACAUUUCAAGGCAUCGCUAACUACCCGCCACCUCUACCACAGCCCGCCAUCGGUUUUCCUAUGUCUAUGCCACCUACUGGUAUCGCUCACUCGUCUUCCCCCGGCGCCGCCUCCCAUUAUACUCAAGGUGAGGCUGGAGGUUGGUUCGCUUCGGUUAGCUAAGUAA